AUGCAUGUGAAUCGCAAAACCCAAAGAGCCACAAAUCAACUAGUGCUUUUCCUCUCCAUCCUCCUAUUCAUUAUCUACCUCAACCGCCCCCAAUCCGAAGACAAAUCCUUCUCAUGGACAAAAAUUCGCUACAAGACCACAUCCGCCCGACUCCCCGAAGCCCGAGGCAAAUGUCCCAAGCUAUCCGGCUCCAAAAACCCAGCCUUGGUCGUAUCACGCGUAGCCGCAGACGGUGACCCAGCAUGGCUCAACAAACUGACAGACCAUUACCAUCUCUGCGUGUACGGUGUCGACAGCCCAGCCGACAAAACCUCCACGUUCCUCCAAGUCCCCGCAAACCGCGGCCACGAAGCAAUGGCCUACCUCACAUUCAUCAUCGAUAACUACGCCGAUAUACCAGCGGCAGGCGCGGUAUUCGUACACGGGUCCCGCUGGGCAUGGCACAACGACGCACCGGACUACGAUAACGCGGCCCUGCUCACCGCGCUAGACGUGCCUCGUGCAUUGGAGCUGAGGGGGUACUAUAACCUGCGCUGUGAUUGGAGCACCAGUACCUGCCCGCCUACGGUAGCGGCGCAGGGCAGUCUAGAGAUGCGGCUCCAAUCGACGCUGGAGCCGUGGAGUGCGCGUGCAGCGUCGGAUACGGCGCUGCCGCGGGCUCUGGUGUCGAUCUUUGGUGGAGGGGAUUAUACGGCUAUGGAGCAGAAGGCGAAGCUGGAGCUGAGGCGGACGGAUGCGGUGCGGUCUCAGUGCUGUGCGCAAUUCGUUGUGUCUCGUGAGCGGGUGUUGCAGCAUUCACGGCUAGAGUAUGUUGCUUUGCGGCAGUGGCUGCUUGAUGGGAUGGAGGAUCCUCGUAGCUCGCAGACUCAUGGUGGCCAGGCUGCGCCUUUGGAUGACCGGGUUGCUGGACGGAUCCUAUCUUAUCUUUGGCAUAUACUAUUUGCCAAGCCGAAUGCAAGUGGGGAGCUGGAGUUGCGGCAGCUUAAUCAGGAUGCUUGUCCUAAUGCUGCUGACUGUUAUUGUCGCUUAUAUGGCCGCUGCGAUCUCCAGUGCCCCAACCCCGGGAUUUGCUGGGGGCAAUAUAAAAUCCCGCCAGAUUAUAAGCUUCCUAGCGACUGGGCGGCAACGCAUUCAUGA